AUGAGCAGAGCUUUGCUCUUGAGAUGUUAUCCAGCUUACCGGCGUAAUUUCCAACUAAACAACCAAGUGAGAUUGCUGACAACAUCAAGGAUCCCCAAUCCCGAUAAAACUGAUCAAAAAAACCAUCAAGGAGGAUGGAAUAGAAACUCUACAAGUUGGACAAUCUGUGGUUUAGCGUUGGGACUUUUAUCUAGUAUUAUUGGAGCUAAUAACUACCUCCAGAAGAGGGAUGACGUAAGCCUCUUCCCGAGAGUCCUGGCAGCGACUGUGAUGAAGCAACCCAGUCGCCGGAAGGAGUUUAAUGUAAUUGCAGAAGUUGUGGAAAUUGCAGCUCCAGCUGUGGUGUACAUUGAGAUCAAGGAUACCAGAAGAUACGAUUACUUCUCCGGGCAACCGUUGACUGCUUCAAAUGGUUCUGGAUUUAUCGUUGACGCAGAUGGGUUGAUCCUCACCAAUGCUCAUGUUGUUAUCAAUAAACCCUACAGUCGGGUUCAGGUGAAGCUAGCAGAUGGAAGGACGUUCCCUGGGGUUGUUGAGGACGUAGAUUCUGUGUCAGAUUUAGCCACCGUAAGAAUUUCCUGCAAAAAUUUACCAACAAUCAAACUUGGUGAAUCAUCGAGUUUGAGAUCAGGCGAAUGGGUUGUCGCCCUGGGGAGUCCCUUAGCUCUCAGCAACACAGUCACAGCAGGAGUUGUGAGUUCCACACACAGAGCUGCCGAUGAACUGGGAUUAAUGGGACGUGACAUUAACUACAUCCAGACAGAUGCAGCCAUUACUUUUGGCAAUUCUGGAGGACCUCUCGUGAACCUCGACGGAGAGGCAAUUGGAAUUAAUUCCAUGAAAGUCACUGCCGGGAUUAGUUUUGCAAUCCCAAUUGACUAUGCGAAGGAUUUCUUGAAUCGCAACAAAGAGAAGGUUCGACGUGGUGGCCAGCAAGCUACUCCACCUCCUCGGCGAUAUAUGGGCAUCACGAUGAUCUCCAUUACGCCGGAUAUCCUUCAGGAGUUGCGACAUCGUAGUCACCCUGUACCGAAUCACAUCACAAAUGGGGUGCUGGUGUGGAAGGUAAUUCUGGGAUCUCCAGCUCACACUGGAGGGCUCAAUCCCGGGGAUAUUGUGACGGAAAUUAAUGGGAAACCAGUGAAGUCAUCUUCGGAUGUCUAUGAAGCUCUCAAGGAUGCUGGGAAGGACAUUACUUUGGUGAUUUAUCGUGGCCUCGAGAAGCAUCAAAUUACUGUCCGUCCAGAGGAUCCAGAGUAAGGACAAUAGGGAUUGCAAGGUAAGGAAAAGAUCGCAUUUUUUCUUACAAUAAAAUCCAAUUUUAUUGAUAAAAGGAA